AGGCAGCGGUGCCAGCGGCAGGCGGAUGAGGGGACGGAAAUCAUGCUCAACAACUUUGACAAGGUCCUGGAGCGCGAUGGGAAACUGGCAGAGCUGGAGCAGCGUUCAGACCAACUCCUGGACAUGAGCUCAGCCUUCACCAAGACAACCAAGACCUUGGCCCAGAAGAAGCGCUGGGAGAACAUCCGUUGCCGGAUCUACUUGGGGCUGGUGGUGGGCAUUGGCCUGCUCGUCAUCUUGAUUGUGCUGCUGGUCAUGUUUCUCCCACAGAGAAGCGAGGGCAGCAGUGCUUCACAGGCCCAGGAUGCAGGUGCUGCCUCGGGGCCUGGGGAUUGACACAGCUGGGUCUGGAGGGGAGGCCAAAUGGCCACACUGGCUGGUUCUGGUUUCCAGAGAACCCUGGUGUUUGCUCCCAUCUGAGCCACCCCAGUGAGCACCAAUGGGCAGCCCCAAUAUGUGCACCAUAGCAGUUCCUAUCAUGCCACAGACUGGCCUUGGAGGGCAGCCUGCUGCAUUGGCCAUGCCAGGCCAGCCCCACCUGGAGCUUAGUAAAAGCUGCUGUUUGGUUAAAAGCCA